AUGUUCAGUGCUCAGAGACAUGUUUGUAUGUAAGGAACUCUGAAAUGUAAGGAACUCUGAAACCUGACCACCACACUGGCAUGUGGCUUUUCUCAAAACACUUUGCAUCGACAAAAGGAGAGAAGAGGAGAAAAGAAGGGUAGCCCCAUUCAACUAUGGACACAAUUACUCCAGUUUUACGUGACUCGAAUCUAUAUCGAUAUCAAGGAUUUUGCUUUUUUAAGGAACUAAUGCCACCAGAGUACAUAGACUCUCUACAGAAUUUUAAAAUAAAAGAGGACGAUGUGUUCAUGAUUACAUACCCCAAAUCAGGAACUAUUUGGACACAACAUAUUCUAAGUUUAAUAUACAGUGAAGGGUACAGAAAUGGAACAGAACAAAUAGAAACUUCUGAAAGAAUUCCAUGGAUUGAAUUUCAAUUUCUCCAUAAAAAUGACCAUAACAGUCGUCCCUCUCCUCGUUUGUUUGCAUCCCAUUUGUCAUCUAGGUUUGUACCACAGGGUCUGAAAAAUAGGAAGGCAAAGGUUAUUUAUGUGAUGAGAAAUCCAAAGGAUGUGAUAAAAUCUCUGUAUCACUUUGAAGCCAUGGCAGCCUUUGCUGAGACCUCUCCGGAUUUUGACCACUUCUUUAUGAAGUUUUUAGAGGGUGAUGUUUUUGCGGGCAGCUGGUUUGAUCAUGUCCUAGGAUGGUACAAGCAUAAAGAAGAUUUCAAUAUUCUUUUCAUAAAGUAUGAAGAUAUGAUCAUGGAUUUACGUUCUGUUGUCAAACAAAUCUGCACAUUUUUAGGGAAAGCAUUAGAUGAUGAAUCUUUAGACAUUGUUGUGAAAAAAGCAACAUUCAAUGAAAUGAAGAAGGAGCCACUUGCAAAUAAAGAAAAUAUGCCAGAAGAGUUUUUUGAUUCUAAAGUUGGACAAUUUAUGCGAAAAGGUACAAUUGGAGACUGGAAAAAUACCAUGACUGUGGCACAGAGUGAAGCUUUUGACCGUAUCUAUCAGGAAAAGAUGGGAGAUGUAGAUCUACACUUUACCUGGGAUAUGAAUUAAAGAAAUAUCUGAAUAGACAAACCAUUUAGGGUGGAAUGACACAUGUAGUUUUUAGUUUCAUUUUCAAAAUCAUAUUUUUUCCAUUUUAUUUGCUUGUUCUUUAAAAUAGUGUGACUUUGUCUUGUUGUUUUGGUAAAUAUGUAUCUAAUUUAGUAGAAUUUAUAACUACAUAUAAAUGUAUACAAUGUUUUUUCCAAAAAUAGUUCUUUUUUUAACAUUAUUCAUAGAAAAUAAAUAAGUUGAUUAAACAGUAUG